UGUCAGUCACUCAGAGGGAUACACAAUUGACCGCCCUCCGUUGAUUGAGGGAAGACCUGUCAACAUUGCGAUGGAUGCUGGGAAGGGAUGGAAAAUGGGAACAUUGCUCUGGGCUCUCCUGUUCCUGGGGGGUGUGGGGGCUAUCUGCCAGACGGGCAGUGCCAGAGAAUGCCACCGUGCAUCCCCAGUACCAGGGAGCAGUCUGGCUGGGAAGGGUUUUGAUGUGGUAACGUUGGACCGCAAGGGGGCGUACGUGGUGGACGUGGAGAGCUGGAGUCGUCCAGACGGGGCCUGCAAGCUCUGCAGGAAUACUCUGAUGGGGGGUAGAUGGCAGCGUCUCCCCCUGGCCGUGGUGGAUUGGCGACCCCAACGUAAAUGCCGCCGGUCUGUGUCCAGCCAGCUCUUCAACUCAGCCUCUGAUUUCAGCAGUUCAGUCAGCUCCAGGGUGGAUAAAAGCUGGAGUUUUGGUCUGAAGAUAUCUGUCCUUUUCCUGUCAGCUUCUUUCACAGUGGCUGGCUCCAAAUCUCGGGCCAUGUACUUUGCCGACCGUAAAGCCCGAUCAGCCCACUACAGCUUUUCCAGCCAGAAGUUCCAUUGUCGCCUUUACCGUUACCGCCUGAGGAACCCACCCCCUCUGGCAUCUGAGUUCUCCAACCAGCUCAAACAAAUCACCAGCAGCUCCUAUGCAGGAGCCCGACACCAGUAUCGCCAACUAGUGCAGACUUUCGGGACACAUUACAUCCGGUCAGUGGAGCUGGGUGGUUCCUACAAGGACGUGACGGCCAUCCGCACCUGUAAGGCCUAUUCUCAGGGCCUCACUGCUACUCAGGUGACGGACUGCCUCAGUGUGGAGGCCAGUGUUAGCGUGUUCGGAUAUAACGUUGCAUCAACUCGAGCAGGCUACUGCAAGAAGCGGGCCUCGUCCCAUACCCAUUCCCACAGCUUCCACCAGGCCUUCAGCGAGAGGCUGACAGAAGUCUCAGGAGGCCAUAGUACUGGGCACACAGACAUCCUCUUCUCCAAUCCUCGGGCCUUCUCCAGCUGGAUGAACAGUCUGACGGCCUCACCAGGCAUCAUACACUACCAGCUGGCCCCCCUCCAUUUCCUGCUGCCCAGAACCGACAUUCGCCGGAAACAUCUGAGGCGCUACCUCAGAGAGUACAUUAUGGCCAACGCCGUGAAGCGGGAUUGCUCCAAAACUCCUUGCUCUGUUGGCAAGCGCAAGAACCGCUCUGACCCCUGCUCCUGUCUCUGUCAGGAGAACAACUGGGUGGACCGUCUCUGCUGCAGAAAGCAGGAGGGAAUGGGACCUCCGAUGGACCCCAUUAUGAGGGGCUAUGAGCUUCAAUGGACCAAUCAGUCCUUCCCCUCCUCUCCUUCGGAGAAUACCCUCUUCAAAGUUAUCUACCCCUGAGCGUUGUCCUCUCACCAACCUCACUCCCAGGCCCAACUUUGCCUUUCCAUUCUCUCUGGUCCUGGUGCCAUAACUUCCGUCUCCUUCUAAUCAUCAGUCCCAUUGUCCAAUGAUUUUAAGACCAAAAGACCAUAAUAUAUAGGGGACAGUUUAGGCCUUUCAACCCAUCAAGUCUCCUCCGUCAUUUGAUUGUAGCUGAUCUAAUUUUCCUCUCAGCCCCAGUCUCCUGGCCUCCUGCCCUGCCCAAUCAAGAUUCUGAUCCCCUUGAUCCUGUGCGCAUUAUCCUCUGACUUGUUAGACCCACGGCCCUGAACUUUACCCUUUCACCCACUCUGGCCAGAGGAACCUCUUUCUCCCAGACAGCUCCCUCAUGUUCAUUCUCCUAGUCUUUACCCUCUCAGCCUCUCUAGCUCAGGAAGCCCCUUUGCCCCUCAUGCCUGUCCUCCUGAUCUUUGCGACCCAUGUCCUGGGCUCAUCCUCAGAGAGAGACCUCUCACAGCCCUCAGAACCUUGCCAGUGCUUUGGAUCACAUGGACACCAGGGGUUCCCAGUGGGAGUCAGACAGACAACCGGCCAUCAAUCCAGGCUUGCCGAAUGCACCGAGCUUUUUGGCAGGGGAGGAGUAGGGGAGUGGACAUGUUAGGAAUGAGGAAAUAAUGUAGAAGCCCCUCACCCCAACAAAGACCUGUACUGGAGGGAAGGUGCCCCAACCAGCUUGUCAAACCGCAGGCAGCUUAAUGGCUUGAGCGUAACGUCAUUUACAGAUCCGCUAGACCCGUGCAGGAGGUGACUGAGAGCAGGCUCCAUUUCCCAUAAUCCUGUUGCUGACAGGGGACCAACUGGAGAGUCUCCGGCUGACCUGUGUCCCAGGACGGGUGGCAUAUCGGACCAGGACCA